AUGGGCACAAUUGACUUGCUACAUCAGAAAUCACCCUAGUGACGACCAUGAGCUCGCAGCGCGGCAACGUAAAGAAGCGUGCACCUAAGCACCAGAACACGUUCGCAUUCAAGCACAACCCCAAGUCCAAGAAGACGGAUCGUAUUUUGUCUAUGCCCAUCCAUGGACUUUGUGAGAAGUGCCGCAAGCAAAUUGAGUGGCGCAAGAAGUACCGCAAGUACAAACCACUCACGCAGCCAGGCUCCUGCAUUUACUGCCAUCAGAAGACAGUAACUUCAGCCUAUCACGCCUCUUGCGACCCCUGCGCCAAGGAGCGAGAUAUUUGUGCCAAGUGCUGCUUGACUAAGGAGAUCGUAGCUAGUGAGCAAGAGCUGCUGGCAGAGCACGAGAAGAAGGAGCGUGAGUUCGAAAACACGCUGGAAGGCAUGCGUGAACGUGACCGUCGUGCAUACCUACGCAAGCUGGAGAAGGAGAAAGAGGCUAUCACCAACGGAGAAGGUGCCGAUAGCGCUGAAGUCAACGGCUACGAGUCUUACGACGAGGAAGACGAGGACAUGCAAUAAAGGUCGUAUGGAUGGGUUUUUGACCAAUAAGGACGUUGUAAAUGCCAAUUCGUUUUUCAUUCACAA